AUGAACAAGCGAGAGAGACCGCUCAGAGAAGCCUCCGCCGCCGCCGCCGCCGGCGGCCAGCCCACCGUCCCGCAGAGGAGAAAGACCCCGUCUUUCUCCUCCUCCCUCCUCGAGUCCAUCUACCGCUCCAUCGACGAGUCCAACGGCCAGGACCGAGCCUCUCCCCUGUUCCCGGAGCCGCCCCUGAUCAAGAAACAGGGCGCCCACAAGACCAGGCAUGGCUCCUCGUCUUCCUCCUCCUCUUAUUCGCACAAGGAGCUCUCGAACCUCCGGCGGGCCAUGAUGAUCGAGGAGUGGAUGGAGAAGCAGAGCUCCCGGAACUCCUCCGACUCCAGCUCCGCGGCCACGUUCUCGACGUUCUCGUCCUCCGAGACGGAGUCCUCCUCCCACCGGGGAGAUAAGAGAUGGAUGAUUUCAACGGGAGCUUGA